CGGCGCUCUGCCUCUGUGUGUGUUAAUGUGUCCGUCCUUCACUUCUCCAUUGUCUGUGGCUGCUGCUUGUGGCGGAGGCGCUGCCGCUGCUGUUGUCUCUUUGCUUCUUCUCCUUAGACAAAAGCCACUUCCCCCAGAGAGAAAUUUUAUGAAUAAGCAUCAGAAGCCGGUGCUAACAGGCCAACGGUUCAAAACUAGGAAGAGGGAUGAAAAAGAGAAAUUUGAACCGACCGUCUUCCGGGAUACAAUUGUCCAAGGUCUCAAUGAAGCUGGUGAUGACCUGGAAGCUGUAGCCAAGUUUCUGGAUGCUACAGGCUCAAGGCUAGAUUAUCGCCGCUAUGCCGACACUCUGUUUGACAUCUUGAUAGCUGGCAGCAUGCUAGCUCCUGGAGGGACAAGAAUCGAUGACAAUGACAAGACCAAGAUGACCAAUCACUGUGUGUUUUCCGCAGAAGAAGACCAUGAUGCCCUCCGACAUUAUGCUCAGGUCUUCAACAAACUCAUCAGGAGAUAUAAAUAUUUGGAAAAGGCAUUUGAAGAUGAAAUUAAAAAGCUCCUGUUGUUCCUUAAAGCCUUUUCUGAAACAGAGCAGACAAAGCUGGCAAUGCUCACUGGAAUCUUGCUAGCCAACGGGACACUUCCUGCGACCAUUUUAACAAGCCUUUUCACUGACAACAUUGUCAAAGAAGGUAUCGCAGCCUCUUUCGCUGUCAAAUUGUUUAAAGCAUGGAUGCUUGAGAAGGAUGCCAAUUCGGUCACCUCCGCUUUAAGAAAAGCUAACUUAGACAAGAGGUUGCUAGAACUGUUUCCACCCAACCGGCAGAAUGUGGAACAUUUUGCCAAGUAUUUCACUGAUGCUGGCCUUAAGGAGUUGUCAGAUUUCCUCCGGGUCCAGCAGUCGCUGGGGACUCGGAAAGAACUACAGAAAGAGCUUCAGGAGCGCCUUUCUCAGGAAUGCCCAAUUAAAGAGAUGGUGCUUUAUGUAAAAGAAGAAAUGAAGAGGAACGACCUGCCAGAACCGGCUGUGAUUGGACUCCUGUGGACCUGCAUAAUGAACGCUGUUGAAUGGAACAAGAAAGAAGAGCUGGUCGCGGAGCAAGCACUGAAACAUCUGAAGCAAUAUGCACCUUUACUGGCUGUAUUCAGCACCCAGGGCCAAUCAGAGCUGAUCCUUCUCCAGAAGGUUCAGGAGUACUGUUAUGAUAACAUCCACUUUAUGAAAGCCUUUCAGAAGAUUGUGGUGCUCUUUUAUAAAGCUGAUGUCCUAAGCGAAGAAGCCAUCCUGAAGUGGUACAAAGAGGCACAUGUUGCCAAAGGCAAAAGUGUCUUCCUUGACCAGAUGAAGAAGUUCGUUGAGUGGCUACAAAACGCUGAAGAAGAAUCCGAAUCUGAAGGGGAAGAAAACCAAGAUGGCUGAACGAAGCACAAAACGUAUUCGCUGUGGCCGGCUGCUUCUUACGGAAUUUUGUACCGUUCAAAGAGAAAGACUCUUACUCCAGUGUCAUACCGAAAAUUCUAGGCUAGGCUUUCCUUUUGUUUAGAAGAAUAAAAUGUUGGAGCCUUGAGACAUUAAAUGCUGAGACUCUUCCUCUGGCGCACUGUACACUAUUGUAGGCAGAGGCAUUCAGCAAGGAAACAACAUAUAGGAAAACUGAAGUAAUAUCCUUUAAGGACUCCUUUUUUAUUAACAGUCUUCAGGUACUACAUAUGAACACUUCAGUGUUUCUCCAUAGGGAUGUUCUGUGCGUGUAGCUCAAUAUUUGCUUGUGUGUGAUUUGACAUAAUCACAUUUUGGGGAAAUUAAAUGGCUUUUAAAAAUCUUA